AUGACACAAGGAAUUGUGUUAAGCAUCCGAGCCUCUCCCUCAAGCAGAAGCAAAUUCCUCUCCACAAUGUUCAACUCCAGUCUCAGCCCAUCUGCCAGCCUCUAUGUUAACUCCACCAGCCCUGGUGGCCCCCGUGGAACUCCACCAUGGUAUCAGUUCCCUGUAUGCGCAGUUGCACCUUACGGCUUCAUUUUCUACUUCGGGGUUAAGGUGUUUAACCUGGCAGUCGGGACACCUUGUAACUUCCUGGUCAUCUGGCAGAUUGCCACCAGGAAAAGCGACGCGUCCACCUGUGACAUCUUCAUCUUCAACCUGGCCAUUCUCGACGCAUACUUCGGUCUGAUGACGCCAAUAGAGAUGACCAACAGGCUACUACUGGAUGACAGCCGCAUUUGGUACUCUCAGCGGUUCGCCUACGGGAUCAAAGAUGUAGCUCCACUCUUUCUCGUGUGUAUUUGCCUAGACCGCUACAUGGCUGUGGUCCACCCUGUACUCUUCAGUGGAAUACGAGACAAUAAGAUCCGCAUUGGUAUAUCUGUUGUGGUCUGGGGCUUCAUUCUAGCUUACGGCUUCACCAAGUGCUUCCUAGGAGUCAUGAGUGUCAACGAGGUCUUCAGUGGUGUCAUCCUCUUUUCCUUUGCGGUCAUGGUCUUCUGCAACAUCUCUGUUAUCUGGGUCCUUAGACGCUCAGUGGCAGGAAAGGAGGAGAUGCACCCAGUGAAGAAGAAGGCCUUCAAGAUGGUUCUGAUCAUCCUCGGCAUCAUCGUAGCCAACUACCUGCCCCCUGUGGCUCUCAUGCCCUUUGUGCCCUACUACACGUUCUUGCAAUUCCGCUGCCAGAUCAGCAUCAGCGUGUUCGCCAUCAUGGAUCUGAGCUGCAGCGUUGAGCCUCUCCUCUACAUCACAAAGAUGGAGCGUGUGGAAGGCAGGUGCUGUGCACAGAGUGUUUCUAAGAAGCCUCAGGAUGACAUGGUGUGA